CUAAUCCUGUAAUCCAUGCCAGAGCAAAAGUGCGGAGGAUAAAGUGGGUGAAGGAGGAAACGAAGCAGCUGCCACCUGCCAACAUUCAGCAGAGUUAUUAAAGAGAGCGGACCGAUGAAAUUCAGGAGUGUAAAUCGUUGUUCGGUUUUAGCGUCAUCUCUACUGCUUCUCUUCUCUGCAUUUUCUGAAUUUAGGCUUUGUUUCGCGAAUCCCAAAAGGAUGGAACGCGAGGGAGUAAUCCUCGGCGGAAUACACGAUUCCGUCGGGUUUGAGAACAGCGUCGAGAUUGAAGACCUUGCUCGAUUCGCUGUCGAUGAACACAACAAGAAACAGAAUGCGCUGCUGGAGUUUGGGAGGGUUGUGAUGGCGAAGGAGCAGGUGGUUGCCGGAAUGAUGCACCACCUGACUCUGGAGGUGAUUGAGGCGGGUAAGAAGAAACUCUGUGAAGCCAAGGUGUGGGUGAAGCCAUGGAUGAACUUCAAGGAGCUGCACGAAUUCAGGCUGGUUGGAGAUGCCCCCACUGUCGCUUCGUCGGAUCUCGGUGCCAAGCGUGGUAAUUGAGUAAUUGAAGUAGCAAAACUCGAAUUGCUUCUCAAGGUCUACAGGGUAAAUAAGAAAGAAAAAUAUAGUUUUUUUUUUUAAAGUAAGUUGAAGUACAUAGGAAUGUUGAAGGUUUCUGAGCAGGAUCACUCAUGAGUCUAGGCACUAGCCUAUUAUGCUAAUAUGUGUGGAUUUAUAUUAUAGACAUCUGAUUUAGUACUUCUAUGAAACAUUUAUUAUUGCUACAUAUA